AUGAAACGUAUCAUCGCGCCGAGGCGGUGGUCGGAGAUGAACCGAGUCGAACACCCCCCACUUAUGAUGAAACAACUCUUCCAAGGCGUUUGUGGUGGACUACGUUGGUUAGACACAAAAUCACUGGCAGAACAUUUAGCUUCACGAGCUAUUGAAGAGGGUUAUCCAAGUACACGGACAAUGCGGCAGGCUUUAAAGGUGAAAAAAGCACCAUUACAAAAACGUCGUUUAAUACAACGGGAAAUGAUUAAAGAAAGUACUAAAACUCCUGCACUUCCACUCACAGCAUCUAAUGAUGCCUUAACAGUAACAGGGGGUCUUUCCGUUCAUGUGCACAAACAAAAGCGACUCAUUUCAUAUGAUGUACUUGACUGUACACUUGGUGGUGGUAAUCACACAGGAGCUAUUCUUGAAAAUGGAGGACCAUACACACGUGUGGUAGCGCUUGAUUGUGAUAGAGAUGCUAUGCAUGUAGCUCGAGAGUUAGCAAGUGAGUUUGGUGGAGAUCGUUUUCGUUUUUUUUGCAGCAAGAUGUCAGAGGCACGAUCUAUGUUUGGUGAAAGGUGUUUUGAUGCUGUGAUGAUUGAUGCAGGUCCAUCUAAUACACAAUUGGAGAAUCCUGAACGUGGAUUUCUUCUUGAUGAUGAGGGUGCCCACCAUUUAGAUAUGCGAUAUGGACUACAAAUGGGAGUAGCCGCACUCGCCUAUCUUAAUACUGUCCCACAACAUACUUUAUCCUCUGCAUUAAGUGCUUAUGGGAUUUUAACACCAGAACAAUCUAUGAAAAUGGCUCGAGAAAUACGUCGUCGUCGUCCAUUCACAAGUUCACGGGAAGUACUUGCAAGUGUUGAAACGGCUGGAGAUAUGCUUCCAGAGGAUGGUUGGUGGACACAAAGUAGUCGACGUAAGGCCCCCAUGUCAUGGAAAUUUCUCACAUCCCUACGGUGUAUUGUAAAUAACGAAAUGUACGAACUACGACAAACACUAGAGAAUGUCUUACCAAUGCUACGCGAUGAUGGUCGUCUCGUUGUCUUCUCCCGACUCGCAUGGGAGGAGGAACUUAUUCGAAAAAUAAUAAACGAUCACCCACACGCCCUGUUAUGUUACUUGGAGGAUAUUUCCUUUGACGAGGUGGGGGAUUAUGGGUUUACACGACAUACAAAGAUGUGGGUAGCGACACGUACGGCCAAGUCAUCCUAUAUCCUGAAGAAUAGUACUACUCUUACAGAGGAAAAGGUAAAGGAAAGUUCCUUACGCUGGCUAAGCGGCAUGUAUGCAGGUCAGACGUAUGGAUUCCCAGCAAACAACUUUACAUUUGAGAAUAUGGAGUCUAAGGAACGACAUAUACGAAAGCGGAAUAACAAACCACCUCCACUGGAUUUUGGUAUAGACGAUAAAUAA